CUCAUUGUGGAUAAGGGUUGAUGCCACGAAGCUUUCGUUGUCAGUGAUUUAUAGUUUUCAAUGAUUGAUUUCUCUUAGCUUCAACGAGAAAGACAAAGGAUGAAAGGUGAGAGGUGAGUAUGGUGCAAACCCUAGCCGAAGGUUUUGUUUCAGCUGCGAGAGAUUGUGGUGUUAUCACACGGAUGACGGCGAGCAGAGGCUUAAAAUUGUACGAGAGGCAGCAAAGGUUGGGGAGCGACGGAUUUGGUGAAGGUCAGAGUUCGGUUAGCAAUGGAAGAUCAAUCACCACGGUACUGAUGGCCAGACCUCCUCCUGAACCAUCGUCAUGGGUUGAACGAGGUGCUAGGGUUCGAAAAAUUUGUCCUAUUAGUUAUUAUUAUUUUGUUGUUGAAUUCUUGUUAAAGUGUAUGUUGUUAGGUUUGUCAGGAUGAUUGAAAAUUUAGCUUAUUUUUAUGUCGUUAAAAGUAUACGGAUCUAUAAGAUUAGUGAUAGAUGUGUCUAACUCGUUUUGUGGUUAGCGUUACAUGUUGCUUUUUCAAGAGUGGUCAUUUCUAUGUGUAAUGGUAGUGUUUAUAGUCAUAGUUGGUAAAAUUUAGUUGGUGUCAAAUAUGAUUUUUUUAUUUAUUUGUGUAACGAUCCUGAAACUGAUGAUAUAAAUAUAGGUGAUUUCCUUUCCAAAAAAAUGAACCGGCGCGACUUU